AUGGAAUUAGUGGCCAUGAUAUCAGAAAUGCAGAAUGGAAUAAUAGCCGAGAUUAAUAUGACAAAUAUCUCUCUUUCUCCUGACUGGUGGUUCGAUUCCGGCGCUACAAUUCACGUAUGCCAUGAUAAGAGCCAUUUCAAGAGUCUGACAGAGUCAGCAAAUGAAGGACAAGUUUUGAUGGGAAACGACAACUCAGCCAAAGUUCUGGGAAAAGGAACAACUGAACUUCAUUUCACUUCUGGAAAGAAACUCGCUCUUAUAAAUGUUUUCUAUGUUCUAGAGAUGGAUGUAAAAACUGCAUUCCUAAAUGGAGACCUAGAUGAAGAGGUAUAUAUGAAACAACCCGAAGGCUUUGUUUUACAAGGAAAUGAAAAUAAGGAAUAUGGUGUAAUUGUUUGUCUUUAUGUUGAUGAUUUACUAAUCUUUGGUACUAAUAUGAUUGCAAAUACCCCAUACGACCCUAGUUCAAAACUUGCUGAAAAUUCCGGAAGAGCUAUUGCGCAAAUUGAAUAUGCUGGUGUAAUAGGAAGCUUAAUGUAUGUAAUGCGUUCCACUAGGCCGGAUAUAGCAUUUGCAGUAUGUAUGUUGUCGAGAUAUACUAAUAAUCCAAACAUUGAGGAUUGGAAAGCUAUUGGAAGGAUAUUGGGGUAUCUUAAAAGGACCAAAGACUUGGGGAUUUUUUACAGUACUUUUCCAUCAGUAUUGGAAGGUUAUACCGAUGCUAGUUGGAUUACAAAUGAUGAAGCACAUGGCCAUAAUGGUGCUGAAUUUUAA